AUGAAACCAGACGGGCGGUCGCUGAACCAGGCUGUGGGUGUGGAUGCUGGGCAGUGCACACUCCCGCACCCGCAACGAGGAAUCGAUUGGCUGCAUUCUCGCCAAAGAGGACGUACUUGCUUGUAUAUGGUUGAUGUUUACAGCCUCGACAGCAAGGAGCAGCAGAGAGUAGCGAAGGCUCUCCGACAAGCCCUGGGCGAGGAUGUAGAGGUUUCUUCCCCCACGCCCCUCUUGCGAUCAGAGCUGAAGGGUAUCAAGCUUCGCGAGGACGGACGGGGCGGCGGGCGAUUAAUAUUACUGUGCCACUACAAUGAGGGCCGAGUUCUACUGACGGAUGAGGAUGGCAUGUACAAUGAUUUCAUUAUGGAGGCGUGCAAGGUGACAGGGGGCAACGUUUUCGUGGCGUUGGCACCGGUGUCUACCUCUGCGACGUCCUUGGCGAACGAGACGCUGGUUACGGCGUUAGCAUAUAGUGGGGGUCAACAAGGGCUGCUGUCGAUCCACAUGCAGAAGCGAUUCCUCACGUGGAACAAGGCGCCAAGCGAGGCGCAGGUGGAAUGCUUACGGGCCGCCCUGGAUGGGAGCAUGGAACCGUUGUCGGUCCCAGAAUCGGUCCUGGAGCACUCGGAGGGGAGACAAGGAGGCAGGGCAUCCUUCUGCAAUAUAUUAUAGCUUUAUGAACGAAUGUGUUGCGCUUGGGCGCGGUCUUUGGCAGCAGCGAAAGGCACGCAGGGGGGUUGGCCUCACGUUUGGGCAGAGCUAACCAGUGGCUACCAGCCGUGAGCAGGGUGCCGAGCUUGGCAUCGCUGUAGAAAGCGCCCUGGAAGAUGUCAAAUCCUGGACUAAAAGUCUGCAUGAUAUCCUUUCUCUGGGUAUCGGCUCAAUUUUGACAUAAGUCAUCUACGUUGGCGAGGCAUACGCGGAGAGGGAUGGGCGCUGUGCAACGUUUACGAAGCCUCGCCCAGAAUACUGCUUCAAGAAGGCUUUGCUGUGGGACAUUGCUGGGGUCCAUGAUGUGACGAGUGAUUAGUACGCGAGAGGGCGGAACGUGCGGAAAUAGAAGUACCCUACUAUUAGUCGUUUGCCGCUGGGCGGCUAUGUCGAGAGCUGCUCCAAAAAGCGAGAGUUCUAGGCUUCGACACGACGUGCCAUUCAUUGCUGGGCGUCGAAGGCCUUGUUUUUUCGUUCGCAACGUAUCUAUCUGCGAUGUACAGGAGCCAAGGGGGGG